AUGAUAGAUUUUUGUCAGCAGAUGCAGACACAGCAAGAUGCCCCGCUGGGGGAGAAGUUCGUGUUGCAGAAAGCGGAAUGUGCGUCUGCGGCCUGCUACAUUCCGGUGCAUGCUGGUGAAAACAGCAACGCAAUAGCAGCGGUGUCAGAAACAGGGGAAAUUACGCGCUUCGCGCAGUCUGUGCGCCUUCCCUGCUGGGAUGUAAGUGCACCCUCUCCAGUUGAAGCAGCUACUGAACAGCAUACUGACAGCAGCAGCAACAGCAGUGACCAGAGCGUUCCCCAGCCCGCCUUCAGCGGUCGCGCUGCGAAGGAGGAGCAGCCUGAAGCACGCAGCGUGUUCUUUCACGCUAAUACUGCCUCUGAUGAAGCAGCAGUAGCAGCAGCAGCUGCACCGGGGGUCCAGGCUUGUGUGUCGCUACAGAAGCUUGUGGCUGCAGCGGAGGGGGAUGUUGUCGCCAGUCUUCUGCAGGCGGCUGUUGCUGCUGCUGCCGCUGCCAGCUCGGCAGCACGACGAGGACGGGGACGGAUGGUCAGAAGUCCCCGAAGGCGUGGUCGAGCAGCAGCAACAACAGCCGUCAAGGAUGCUCAUAGAAGACGACACAGAAUCAGUCCUCAUGCAGCUACAACAGGCCGCGUUCUUCGAAACGCUCAGAGCGCGUUGCGGCAGCAGCAGGGGCUGAAUAGCGAGAGCAGCACCUACCGUUCAGCUGUCCUUGCAUUGCUGGUGACGCAGUGGAGAGACGUACGGCUGCUUCGUGGCCUCUGCGGGGGGGUGUAUGUUGAGCUGCAGCAAGAACAUUGGCGUGCCCUUUUGCUGCUACACAUGCAACAGCGGCAGCAGGAGCAACAGCACAAUCAGCAGCAACAGCAGCAGCAGCGAAAGGCUCUCCCACAUUAUCAACGAUUUUUACAGCUGCCUCCUGGCGUUUGCAGCAAUCCGCAGGAGCGGCAGGAGCUGGUGCCUACGGCUUGUGGCACCCAUACUCCUGAGUUGCGGCCUGCAGCGCUGCAGCAGCUUCUAAGACGGCUGAAGAUGCUGCAGCGCAUGCAAAGAAGGCGCGCUUUGACGGAAGGUGCAACCCCAUGCAGCGGCAGAAACUUUCGCGGGGACUGUUGCGAGGAAUGGAAUUGGGAGGUGCUCACCUUGCACCCUUUGGCUCCUUCUACAAGCAUAGGCACCAGCGACAUCCACCGAAGCGCGUGUAGAGGCGCUCAAAGCAUCCAGGAAAACAGCCAGCACUUUGAGCAAGCAGCGCACGCUUCCGAUGCUGCGGCGCGCGUGGAGGAAGGGGCGAAGUGCAGUCUGCUUCAGCGAGGCAGUCUGGCUCGUAAUCCUCACAGUGGCAGCGGCAGCAGCAGUUUUCCUUUCUGCAGCACUCGCGGCGACUCCUGUCCGCAGAACGAGGGGUUGGACGCGCGCUUCCGUGCUCUUUCCGUGGAAUCGUCUGGAAACGGUGAAAGGCUUGCACCAGGAGCACCCACAGCUGCAGCGUUAGCAGCUCCAGCAUAUGCUGCAGAGGGCGCUGCUGAUGUUGCCCCAGCCAAAAGCGACGACGGAAACGGCAGUGGCAGCAGCAGUAGGCCCUUCGGAGUCAGCGGGGAGGCGCGGCUGCACUACGCUUGA